AGAUUUUAGUUUGAACGAAGUUGGUGAUAUUUUCCAUCAAUUCUCAUCGUUCCCAUGUAAAGAAAGCAAACGAAAAACGUCUGCUUCUCUCGUUAUUGACCGUGUCUCAAUGUGAUGCGAAUAGUUCGAAAUUACAAGGUUUGUUUAUACUGUUUGUCGCAGCGCAGCUGCGCUGUCGCUUACCACAGCACUACAUUUUAACUGCGGCAUUUCUUGUGAUCAAAAACAGUCAUGCUACAUAAAAGAAAAUGUCAUGUGACAUUUGACAUUAUUUUCUGUCACACUUAGAUAGAAUUUGAGUUUUUCGGACUAUCGACAGACUGUCGUGCUUUUCAGUAAAGUAUUCGGUUCAUUCGAUCAUGGGAUCGAAAUCGGAGAAAAAGCGAACCUUUCGGACCAUUCUAACGGAAGUUACCACUGUCGAAAACGGUUUCGUAUGCUGUCGAAUUGAUACGCGCGUAAAGUGUGAUUAUAAACAGAAGCAGGUUCGUCUCGAUUGCGGAAACUUCAUCCGCCAUGUUCGGGUGGAACACGGGGUUCUGGCGAAGCAGGUAGGAUUACUGCCGCCAGAAGAUUGUCCCGAGGAAAAGAAAAGAAAAGUCGUACGAAAGGUUUCCGUAGCCAUCGACCGGCUCGCGGUUACGGAAGCGAUCGUUAAGCUUGUCACGAUUCACCAUCUGCCGCCGUGCGCCGUCGAGUGGGAGGGAAUGCGAACUCUGUUGAAUCCGAUCUCGAAAGCACUCGGCAUUUCGCUGGACCGAUUCACUGCCCAAAGCUACGUGGAUCUGGUGGCAAAUGCCGUGAGGGAAAUUAUAACAACGGAAGUUAAAUGUCGUUUAAUAAGUGUUAAAAUCGAUUCUGCCUGCCGGCAGAGUAAACAAAUUCUGGCCAUCAAUAGCCAAUUUGCUGUCAACGGAGAAAUUGUGGUUCGAUCGCUUGGUAUAAUUGAACUUAAAGAAAAGCAGACGGCAAAACAGCUCAAAACGGAAAUAAUAAGAAUUUUGGACAACUACAAUAUAUCGGUGGAACAAGUAUUUUCAGUAACUUAUGACAAUGGUGUAAACCAGCUACAGCAACCGUCACAACCAAUCGAUGCUACUGAAGUAUCCGAUAAUGAUGACGCGACGGAAGAGGCGGCUGCCACUCUUACCCUGGAUGGAUUGAAGCACGAACUAGGCAAAUCCAUUGAUCUGGUUAGAUGUGCGGUGCACAUCAUGCAGCCCGCAGUAACGGAGGUAGUUGACUAUUCCGAUCGAGAAAUAGGAGACAUCACGCUGGUUGCGAAGAACUGCAGGAAACCGAUCUAUGAAACGGUCUUCGAUCAGGUGACACUGCCGCCGCUUCACAGCAAAACAAGUUGGGGUAGUGUUUUCCUGGUGUUGGAGCACUUUUGCAAAAACGAACAAUUCUUUAAAAACCUUGGAUCUCAAUACAGUGAAUUGGACUUGUCUGGACAUUGGGACUAUAUUAAGGAUUAUGUGGCAGCCUUUACACCUGUAUAUAAUUGUGUCAAAAAUAUGCAGGGAAAGCACGUUUCGCUGGCGGAUUUUAACUUGCGGUGGAUACACACAAUAUUUGAAGUCGGCAAGCUUGGUAGUACAAAUCGUUUUGCGCUGGACUUAUCCGCUUCCCUCAAUAGACGCCUAGCGUCGUUGAAAAACAGUAUGGCCUAUAAUUGUGCACUUUUCGUGGACCCGCGAGUACACUACUAUAAAUCUACCCUGUUUGAUGCACAAGAGAAGGAUAAGAUCAAGAAAUACAUCGCGGCUACAUGGGAGAAAUUUUCCCAGCUUCAGUCGGAACCUGCCGCAAAGGUCAUAAAGACGGAACAGGGAGUCGAACAGGACGAGAUGGAUUUGAUGAUUAGCAAAAUGUUUGGAGGGUCAAAUGCAGGAAUUUCCAAAGAAGUACCGUUAUUUGAGAAGCAAUUGAAUACUCUCGAUGUGGAACAACGUAAAACUACUGCCGUCGAUCUAUGGGACCACUGGAUGGGGCGCAAAGGGUCGCAUCCCGAGCUGCACGCUCUUGCUUCGAUUUUUCUUGCCGUUCCAUCAAACCAAGUUGCCGUCGAACGAGCAUACGGUGCAUUGGACCUGGUUUUGUCCGACAUGCGUACUGAGUGGUCCGAUGGGACACUGCACAAUAUUCUGAUUGUUAAGUCGAACCGACAGCUACUGGACAGGGCACUAAAGAUGGCCGAGCCUCAGUUAUUAGCAUUGGACGACCAUUGAUUUAGUUUUAGAAACGACUUUUAAAGACACGUGAAAAAUACUAUUCCCUAAU